UGAUUAUACAGGUGCAAUUGCUUAUCUUGAAUUUUGUCGUCAAAGUGAAAAAGAAGUAAAAGAUCUUGAUCUUUGGUUAGCAUUUGCAGCAUUUCAUGCUGGUGAUUAUCAAAGAGCAAGUGAUGAAUAUGAAAAUAUUCUCAAAAAAGAUCCACGAAAUGGUGAAGUCUGCAUUUAUCUCGCUUGCGCUUAUUUCAUGUUGGGCAAAUACGAUGAUGCUGAACAUACAGCACUCAAAGGUCCAAAAUCUCCAUUACAAACUCGAGUUUUAUUUCAUGUUGCACAUAAACAAAAUAAUGAAGAAAAACUCAUGAAUUUACACCGACAACUACAAGAUGUGAUUGAAGAUCAAAUGUGUCUUGCUAGUAUGCAUUAUAUGAGAAGUCAUUUUCAAGAAGCACUAGAUAUUUACAAGCGUUACUUAGUUGAAAAUCGUGAAUACUUAGCAUUAAAUGUUUAUGUAGCACUCUGUUACUAUAAACUUGAUUAUUAUGAUAUAUCACAAGAAGUUCUUGACGUUUACUUGAAGAAGAACCCUGAAUCAGCAACAGCAACAAACUUACAAGCUUGUAAUCAGUAUCGAUUGUAUAAUGGAAAGGCAGCUGAAAAUGAUCUCAAACAAUUUCUUGAUAAAAUGAGUACAUCAUUUAAUUAUGCCAAAGAGUUAUUCCGCCAUAAUAUGGUUGUUUUUCAAGGUGGUGAGGGUGCUCUUCAGAUCUUACCACCGUUAGUUGAUGUUAUUCCAGAAGCACGUUUGAAUCUAGUUAUUUAUUAUCUGAAAGAAGAUGAUUUGGAACAUGCAUAUGAAUUAAUGAAGGAUGUUGAACCCUUACAGCCAGCUGAAUAUAUUUUGAAGGGUGUUGUUAAUGCUGCGUAUGGACAAGAACAUAAUUCACGUGAUCAUAUUAAAACGGCUCAAUCAUAUUUUCAAUUAGUUGGCGGUUCAGCGAGUGAAUGCGAUACCAUACCUGGUCGACAAAGUAUGGCUGCAUGUUAUU